AUGCUGAGGACGGAGGCAGGCGGAGGGGCGGCCGCCGGGGGGGGGUCCCCCUCCUCCGGCGGGGCGGCGGGCGGCGGGGGGCUGCGGAGCGCGUCCCCGCACCGGAACGCCUACGAGGCCACCAUCCAGGCCCUGGCACCCACAAAGGAGGCCGACGGCGGCGAGGACGGCAAGAAGAGCCGGGGCAAGAAGUAUGGCUCCAACGUCCACCGGAUCAAGAACAUGUUCCUGCAGAUGGGGACGGCGCCCGGCCCCGAGGGCGCCUGCGACCUGGCCAAGGCCAAGGAGAAGCCGGUGCGCCUCUCCUUGCCCCGCGCCGGCAGCCUCAGCGAGACCAUGGACCAGGGCAGCCUCCUCAAGCUGGGCACCAGCGUCUCGGAGCGGGUCAGCCGCUUUGACUCCAAGCCCGACAAGCCCUUCUCCAAGCUGCAGGAGACCCGCAAGAUCUUCGAGAGGAGCCCGCAGGAGAAGGCCACCACCACCAAGCUGCUGCUCCGCAAGGAGCGCGCCGGCUUCCAGGACCGCAAGCUGGACGUGGUGGUGAGGUUCAACGGCAGCACCGAGUCCCUGGACAAGCUGGACGCCGACGCCGUGUCGCCCACGGUCAGCCAGCUCAGCGCCGUCUUCGAGAAGGCCGAUCUCCGGAACAACCUGCACAAGGCGCAGGGCAGGGCGGGAGCGCCGCUCAACGCCAAGGUGGUGGGCAAGCGGCCGCGGGUCUUCGCACCGGGCGCCGAGGCUGGGCGCCAGGGCGAUGGGCACCCUGCCCCAACCCGCGCCCGGCCACCCGAGGAGGAGAAGGCGCCGAGCAAAAGCGUGAGGCCGGCGGAGAAGGAACCGGCCGCCCCACGGGUGCAGGAGGUCUGCAAGAUCAAGCCGGUGGAGGUGGAGGAGAGCGGAGAGGGCGAGGAUGAGGAGGAGGAGGCGGCGGCAGCGGGCGAAGCGGUGCCACCCAUGCCCCAACUGGUCAAGGGGGACGAGGGUCCGGCAGCCACCGCCCCACGGCUGGAUGGGGGCGCCGGGGUGGCCGCGGGCGAGGAGGGCAUCAAGGGUGAGCGGGCGGAGGAGGGCGAUGGCUACGAGGAGGCCAAGAAGGAGGACUUCUCUGAGGCGGACCUGGUGGACAUAAGUGCCUACAGCGGGCUCGGGGAGGACUCGGGGGGCAGCGGGCUGGAGGAGGAGGAGGAGGCCGAAGGGCUGUAUGAACCUGAGUCGGGCUGUGUGGAGAUCCCUGGGCUGUCUGAGGAAGAGGAGCCCGUCCCCAACCGCAAGAUCCAGUUCAGCACAGCGCCCAUCCAGGUGUUCAGCACUUACUCCAACGAGGACUACGACCGCCGCAAUGAGGACGUCGACCCCAUGGCCGCCUCGGCCGAGUACGAGCUGGAGAAGAGGGUGGAGAGACUCGACCUCUUCCCUGUGGAGCUGGAGAAAGACUCUGAAGGGUUGGGGAUCAGCAUCAUCGGGAUGGGAGCGGGGGCCGACAUGGGCCUGGAGAAAUUGGGAAUCUUCGUCAAGACGGUGACGGAAGGAGGGGCAGCCCACCGGGAUGGCAGGAUCCAGGUGAACGAUCUGAUUGUGGAGGUGGAUGGCACCAGCCUGGUGGGGGUGACCCAGAGCUUCGCCGCCUCCGUCCUCAGGAACACCAAGGGCCGUGUCCGGUUCCUGAUCGGGCGGGAGAAGCCGGGGGAGCAGAGCGAGGUGGCGCAGCUGAUCCAGCAGACGCUGGAGCAGGAGCGGUGGCAGCGGGAGAUGAUCGAGCAGCGCUACACCCAGUACACCGAGGACGACGAGGAGACGGGUGAAUAUGCGACGGACGAGGAGGAGGAGAUGAGCCCCAUGUUCCCCGGCGGGGAGAUGGCCAUCGAGGUGUUCGAGCUGGCCGAGAACGAGGACACGCUGUCCCCCGUGGAGAUGGACCCCGAGAAGCUGGUGCACAAGUUCAAGGAGCUCCAGAUCAAACACGCUGUCACCGAGGCCGAGAUCCAGCAGCUCAAGAGGAAGCUGCAGUGCCUGGAGCAGGAGAAGGCACGCUGGCGGGCUGAGAAGGCCCAGCUGGAGCAGAGCGUGGAGGAGAACAAGGAGCGGAUGGAGAAGCUGGAAGGGUACUGGAUGGAGGCCCAGAACCUGUGCCAGGCCGUGGACGAGCACCUCAAGGAGACCCAGGCCCAGUACCAGACCCUGGAGCGCAAGUACAGCAAGGCCAAGCGGCUCAUCAAGGAGUACCAGCAGAAGGAGAUCGAGUUCCUGAAGAAGGAGACGGCGCAGCGGCGGGUGCUGGAGGAGUCGGAGCUGGCACACAAAGAGGAGAUGGAGAAGCUGCAGGAGAAGAUCUCUGAACUGGAGGCCAAGCUGCAGACUUUGAAAAAUUCCAACCCGCUUUGUCCCACCAUGUCGGUCUCCAAGCUGCAGGACACGGAUGAGGUUUUUGAUUUUACCGCUGUGGUUCCAGAGACGCCGCGCCUGGACAGCAGCCUGCACAAAGCCCGGGCCCGCCUGCUGGCCAAGGGCCGCCGCCACCGGCCCUCCCGCUCCCGCCUGCGCGACAGCGCCAGCUCCACCGAGGGCGACGAGGGGGACACCGCGGGCACCGAGGGCGAUGGCAGCCCCCCGACCCCCUCGCCCUUCUCCCGUGCCGACGACUUCUCCUUCGACGGGGGGCCGGGGCGGGCGGCGCUGGGGGACCCCCCGGCCCCCACGACCCCCCUCAGCCGCUACCGGCCCCUCACCAACACCUCGUCCCAGGAGGGGCUGUCAGGCCCCACCGUGCCCAAAUCCUGCCCCAGCUCCGACAGCUCCCCCGGCUUCGCCCGCCGCGAUGCCCGGCCCCGGCAGCACAGCGAAGAUGACAGCAGGGACAUGAGCCCCCCCGAGCCCGCCAGUCCCACCGUGGGGCUGGACAAGAAAACACGGAGGAAGUUCUUGGAUUUGGGGGUGACCCUGCGCCGAGCGUCCUCCGGCAAGAGCCGCAAAGAGAAGAGCAGCAACCGCCUGUCCACGGGCAGCAGGGAGGUGGCAGAGGGUCCCGGCCGCCCCUCGGGCUCCCCCUUCCUGCCCUUCUCGUGGUUCUCGGACAGCGCCAGGGGCUCGGGCUCCCCCGGCUCCGCGUCCCCCUGCGGCUCCCCCCGGCACGAGGGGCUCAGCCCCGCCAAAUCCGCCUCCCAGGACUCGACGCUGAGCGAGGACUCCCCCCCGCCCAGCGCCAGCCCCCGCCUGCCCGGGCCCCCCCGCGCCAAGUGCUCGUACCCCUACCACACCCUGUCCCAGUCCUCGGACGAGUUCCUGGAGGAGCCCCCCGGCGCGGCCGCGGGCUGGACGUGCCAGCAGGUGGGGCAGUGGCUGGAGAGCCUGAGCCUGGAGCAGUACGUGCAGGACUUCUCUGCCCACGGCGUGGAUGGGCCCCGGCUCCUGCACCUCGACGGGGCCAAGCUCAAGGCACUGGGGGUGGGCAGCUCCCAGGACAGGGCGGUGCUGAAGAGGAAGCUGAAGGAGCUGAGCCUGGCGGCCGAGAGGGAGCGCAAGGCCCAGGAGAAGGCAGAGAAGCAGCGGGAGAAGCAGAAGAAGAAGGACCUCCAGGAGCAGCGGCGGAGUUAAGGGGGGGCCUGGGAGUGCCCCUGCACCCCCUCCCCACCCACAGCCCCCCUGGGACGCCCCGGGGGACCCCCGGCGUGGGACACACUGGCGUGGCUGAGGGACGGUGCCAGGCUGAGACGAGCACGGAGCACCACGUGCCCCCCUCCUCCAGCCCCCUCCCCGCCUGCACCCCUGCACCCCACGGGCACAGCCGGGCCCCCCCCCUCCAGGGGCCCCUUUUGCAGAUGCAAGUGGCACAUUGGACACCCCCACCCUGCCCCGUCACCUCCCACCCCGUCAGCAGCACCCCAAGGGGGCAGGGGGGUCACGGCCAGCAUUGGCUGGGGACAGCGUGUGGCCUGACCCCCCCCACACGGGGACACCCCCCAGUUGGGGUGUGGGGGGUGAUUGCUGACCUCCCCACACACCCCCAGCCCCAAAUAUGGCACCCCAGAGGCCACGCCAGGAAAUAAAAGGGUAUCAAGGGCCAGUGCAAACCA